AUGUCUCUACUUACAUGUUAUGAGGGGCUUCGGCAUCAGAUAGAGAGGCUGGUGCGGGAAAAUGAGGAACUGAAGAAGCUGGUUCGGCUCAUUAGGGAGAAUCAGGAGCUCAAGUCUGCGAUCAAGACUCAGGCAGGUGGCCUCUGCAUCAGCGGGUUCACCAGCGGGCUUGGUGAGGCAGCAACAGGCCAUUCCCAACACCAGGGAAUACUCCUGUCCCCAUCCCCGGCAGCGGCAAAGGAGCCGGGCAUAGAAGACGUGGGAAUGGUGGCGCUGGCCCCCCUGGCUGACAUGCUGAACGGCCCACAGCUCGGUCCUGCAGCAGGCUCCCUUGCGAACCCUCUGGCUGCCCCUUACAACCCACUGCUGACUGGCCAAAUGCCCAUGUCUCAGAACAAUCAGUUUGCCGGCGUGGUGCCAUGCCCCCUGACCAGCUCCAUUGCACUCUCCGCAGGGGCCAACCUGGCCAAUUCUCUGGGCUUACCCUCCACUGGACCCCUGAACACUCAUUUGACUAGUCCCAUAGCUAUGCCUCCUGGGACCACUCUGGCAAGCUCACUGGGCCUGGCCUCAGCCGGCUCCCUGAUGACAAGCAGCAGGCUGGCAGCCCCCAUGGCUGUGUCCCAGGGCAGUCCCCUCACGACUCCCAUGGAGGGCGCAGCGGCAGUGUCCCUGAACAGCACCCUGCUCUCCUCCACAGCUGCCCCUCUAGGUGUUUCUCAGAACACAGUGCCCAACCCCAUGAACAAUCUAGGGCUGUCAGGUGCCCAAAGGGUAAGGCUGUCAGAGCCAACCCGAGGAAGCCUCUCUGGAGCCUCAGCCUCUGCAGGGCCAGCAGCCGCCACCAAAGUCACCGGUGAGCACCCUCAGCCGACCCAGGACACAGAUCCCCUCAACAUGUUUAUGGGUGCAUCCUUCCAGACCUCCAACCCCAUGAACAUUAUGGCCACACCCAAUGCCACAGCAUAUUUUGCCAACUUGGAUACUCGGACUCAGACUAUUUCCCAGGGACAAAUGAUCCUCAAUUCUGUCCCAAGCUCCCCAAUAGGCUCCCCUGCCCCCAACGCUACCCCAAUACCUAUGGCCCAAGCUCCUGGAAACUAUUCCCCUUUAAGAUCCACACGCUCCAACUCCCCCUCCAGGGUCCACCAAUCCCCUACCCGCCCUGUGCACAAUCCCCAUUCUUCUCCACGUAACCCCCACUCCCCAGCCCGCACCCCAUCCUCUCUGGCUUCAGUCAAUGACAUCCGGGGUUCACGCACCUCGGAACAGUCUCGGAAGAGUAUCCUGGAGAUAGAGCGGAAGAUGGCCCACCGAAAGUCUAGCAAGUUCCCUGACUGUCCCCGAGACUCAAAGCAACUAGCCUGGGAGAGGCUAGUGGGGGAGAUCGCCUUCCAGCUAGACCGAAGAAUCCUGUCCAGCAUCUUCCCAGAGCGUGUGCGUCUCUAUGGCUUCACUGUCUCCAACAUUCCAGAGAAGAUCAUCCAGGCCUCCGUAAACCUCAGUAACCACAAGCUGGAUGAGGACCUGUGCCACACCCUCACGCAGCGCUACGUGAACAUCAUGAACAGGCUUCAGAGUCUGGGCUACAACGGAAGGGUGCAUCCUGCGCUGACGGAACAGCUGGUGAAUGCGUAUGGCAUUUUGCGGGAGCGGCCUGAGCUGGCAGCAUCUGAAGGUGGCUCCUACACGGUGGACUUCUUGCAGCGUGUGCUGGUGGAGACUGUGCACCCCAGCAUGCUCACUGAUGCCCUCCUGCUGCUCUCCUGCCUCAACCAGCUGUCCCACGAUGACGGCAAGCCCAUGUUCAUCUGGUAACACCAGUGCUGGCUGGCCCAGGCUCAUGUCCCCCUGCAGGCCAUUGCACAUGGCCAUUAAAGUUUCCCACAGACGCUA